CCCUGCAUGUAGUUCUUAAGUUUUAUUUACUUUCAUUAAAAAAACUAACAUUUACUUCAGUUGUAUACAUGACUUUCAAACCAUUAGUCAUACAUGUCCUGGAUUUUUUUUAAAAAUGUUCUCAACAGAAGAUUGACUGCAUAGCUUUCCACCUUUUCAGGUUUCACUUGUUUCAAUCACACUGCCUCCAACAACUGAUGUAGGAUCAGUGUCUUUCGUUAUGACAUCAUAGGAUAUACUCUUGUCACUUCAAGAUGAGAUCAAAUCAACUCAUAAUACACAGACUCCUGAAGAAGGGUGGACCCAUAACGGACCGAAAGAUCUUCAAUCACUUACACACUCAUACAUUUUGAAGAUGUUUUAAAACCCCAUUUGCUUUGGUUUGCGUCAUCUUUARAAACAUUUUUCUCCACCCACCUUAUUUGGACAGAUUCUGAGCAUGCUAUCCUCAUCAUGUAAGUACUGUACAUCAUUACAUCAUUCAGUUCAGUUCCCAACCAUGACCCAUUCACUAUCAGUCUCACUCACCAACCAAUCAGAAUGUUAGUUGGAUUGUCUUUAGAGGACUGACUUUUGUGGCACAUGAAGUGGAUGGGGAGGACUGUUGUGUGUAUGAGGGUGGGGUUAACUGUCUGUGUUGUCCAAUAGGAGAGGGAACGCAGGUCUCCAGCCAUGGGCUUCCACAUGUCCACCUUCCCAGAGAACACCAACAGCGCUCUGCAGAUAUACUGCCAUCAGGAGGGCAUCAAGGACGUGGUCAUUCCAGAUCUGAUGAAGAAGCUGGAUAUCCUGGGAGAUAAUGGGAACUUGCGUAACGAGGAGCAGGUUGUGGUCAUUCAGGCGGGGACGGUUCUCUCAAUGUGUGAGAAGUGGUUAAAGCAGAUAGACAGCACAGAGGCAGCCCUGACCCAGAAGAUGAUCGACCUGGAGAAUGAGAAGGACCUGUUCAGUAAGCAGAAGGGCUUCCUGGAGGAGGAGCUGGACUACAGGAAGCAGGCCCUGGAUCAGGCCUACAUGAGGAUCGCGGAGCUGGAGGCUACGCUGUAUAACGCUCUGCAGCAGGAGCCCGGGGGGCGUGCGGUGGCAGAGUCUCUGUCCGACAGGCAGAGGGAGGAGCUGGGGCUAGCCGUGGACAAACUGCGGAGGCAGAUACUCAGGCAGAGYCGCCAGUAUGACAGUCAGAUCUUACAGGAGCGCAUGGAGCUCCUACAGCAGGCCCAGCAGAGAAUAAGGCAGUUGGAAGACAUGAUUGAGAUGCAAAAGAGACAAGUAAAGGAAAUAGAAGAAAAGCUUUUAUUCUUUGGCCUUAAUGACACUGACAUGGACCGACAACAGGUGCUAAGGCGCUCAGGUGGAGAGUGA